CCUUCAAAACACCCCCCGCCUCAACAGUUGAUCUCGGCUAGCCAGCUCUCCAUGGACGAGGAAGCGGAUUUGCAAACAGCCCUCAGGCUCUCAAUGUCCUGCCAAACGUGGAUUUCACAGUCACCGCCGCCGUUUCUACUUAAUCUGCUCUCUGGCAUGUCCGGCGACCUCAAGGACAGCGUUGCCGAGAUCACCUUUGAGGCCAGCUUUCCGCUCAAAUUCGUGGGUGCCCUGCAGCUUGCCGAACACUUAAGUAGGUAG